ACCGAGAUUGAGAACCUGCUCUAUACCUAUUAUAUACGAUCCAUGCUGCUCGCACACUACCCGAAAAUCCUACUGAAACUUUGUGUAUACGUCAUACAUUUGUGUAUUGACGGUUAGUCCGUGACGAUUUACACGUUCAGUUCUUAGGCGAAGUAUUCAUUGUUGUAAAGGGAGUCGGUCUUGCUAAAAAUACAGGAAGGGAAAGCCUGCUGGAAGAUGCUCCGUCUGCGCUGCAAGGCCAAGAAUGGGACUCACAUGAUGCAGGGCCUGACGCACCAGUCCUGUGUGGAGGAGCUGAAGAGCAAGGUGAAGGAGCUGACGGGCAUUCCCUGCGACGUGCAGAAGAUCAUGGUGGGCUACCCGCCCUCCAGCCUGGACCUGAGCAGUGGGGGAUCCCUCAAGGACUACCCCAUCAAGUCAGGAGACACGCUUAUAGUGGAGGAGGAGAAGAACAAGCCCGUGCCCCAGGCCAAAGCACCGGUGAGCAAGGCGCCCACGCCCGCCGAGCCCCGACCGGAGGCCCCGCCCGCACUGACCCGGCGCGUGGUCCCGGCCGACAACUCCUGCCUGUUCACCAGCGUGUACUACGCGGUGGAGGGCGGGGUCUACGACCCGGCCUGCGUCCCCGAGAUGAGGGGCCUCAUCGCCCAGAUCGUGGCCAGCGACCCCGCCUCGUACUCGGAGGCGGUCCUGGGCAAGAGCAACGAGGAGUACUGCGUAUGGAUCCGCCGCGACGACACCUGGGGCGGGGCCAUCGAGGUGUCCAUCCUGUCCAAGUUCUACCAGUGCGAGAUCUGCGUGGUGGACACGCAGACGGUGCGCGUGGACCGCUUCGGCGAGGACGCCGGCUACCCCCGGCGCGUGCUGCUCAUCUACGACGGCAUCCACUACGACCCGCUGCAGAGGGAGACGCCCGGCCCGGACGCCCCGCCCCAGACCAUCUUCCCGGCGGCGGACGACGUCAUCCUGGCCCAGGCGCUGGAGCUGGCGGACGAGGCGCGGAGGAAGCGGCAGUUCACGGACGUCAACCGCUUCGCGCUGCGCUGCAUGGUGUGCCAGACCGGCCUGGUGGGACAGGCAGAGGCUCGCGAGCACGCCAAGGAGACGGGGCACGCUAACUUUGGAGAGGUGUGACUGUACCCCCCGUUUCUGCCCCCUUUACAACAUCGCCUGCUGUACAUGCAAGCACACACACACACACGCACAUAUUCAUAUGCAGACAUACACUCGCAUACACGUGCACGCACACACGUACACGCACUAGCACACACACACAUUCACUCACAUACACGUGCACGCACACACGUACACGCACUAGCACACACACACAUUCACUCACAUACACGUGCACGCACACACGUACACGCACUAGCACACACACACAUUCACUCGCAUACACGUGCACGCACACACGUACACGCACUAGCACACACACACAUUCACUCACAUACACGUGCAUGCACACACAUACGCACACUAGCAUGCACAGACAUACGCUAGAACACACAGGCAUAGCAGAAUUCAGACACAGCAGUGAGCGUGUGACCAUCAGCCACAGAGAGUGUCCCAGCACUGGAAGGUCUAUGAGAUUGUGGUAAGGUCCCUUUGGCUGUGCACCUUUGGCUUGUACUUCAGCGAGCUGACUGUAUCCCAAGUUGUGCAGUGCAGUGCCACGUUUAAGUAUGCACUACUGACCUUACCCUCAAUCUAACGCCAGACCAUUCCCACAUAUCUCACUCUCUUUCUCACACACACACGCGCACACACACACACAUACAUAAGCACACACUUAUGGACACUACCAUCGUCCCUGUCCCUCUCUGUCUGAACUCAGAGGUGUGUUUUUCUACCUCACCCAUCUUGGAUCCACCGUUGGACGUUGUCUUCAGACACUGCUGCCCAGCCCCACUGUUACCGAACCUUCAGUGUUAAGAGCUGCUGUUAUCCGCUCUCAAACAGGGCUCCUGUCCUGGCCUUUCAGUUUCAUCCACAAUCCGUUAUGACAUAUUUAUUGUUUGUCCUCGAUUAUUUGUUGUCAUGUGCUCUUUGUUUUGCAUCUAGGUCAGUGAUCUUCAUUCCUGGUCCUGGAGAGCCACAGAGUCUGCUGAUUUUACCGUUACUCGGCACCUAACUGAUAACUUAAAGCAGUCGAUUACUCCGUUAUCUGACCUCACCUGGUUUCUUGAUUCUGAACUGGUUAUUGAUAUAUAGGCGAAAAACAAAACCAGCAGACCCUGUGUCCUGCCAAGACCAGGAAUGAAGAUCACUGAUCUAGGAUAUAUCCUGAUACGUAUGUGGCAUAUUUCAGGUUUGUGCUCGCCUGAAAGAUCAGUUGUACCAUAACUGACCUUAUGGAAGCCAUCCUUCUCCAAGUUCUCAAUACCAAGUGCAAUACUAGUGUUAUCAUUGCAACGUAGUGUGUCAACAAAUUAAUGUUUUUAUUUUAUUAGUACUUUCAUUUUACCUCAUCUGCCACAUCCGUAACUUAUAUUAUAGUUUCACGAGAGGCUUAAUACACAACAUAUAGACACAUUCUGUUUUAUUUCAAAGGAAAAAAACUUGAAAAUAGCAUUCAGUAGCAUGAUCAGCUCAUGGUUUUCAUAAAGCCUUGCCAUGUGAUUGACAUGAAUUGGAAAAGGUGAAAAAUUCCCACUCUUUUCUAAUAAUGUGUUAUUAGUACUGCUUAGGGGGGUACAAAUAUGUGUGCUGUAUCCAAAAAUACCCUCUUGAAAAAUUGCACACGUAUGGUCAUUUGCUUUUUCCAUUUUCACUCUUGAUACACUAAUUUCAGCCUUGAAAACACAGGUGAAUAGAUGAAAUCCUCAGCAGUAGUCUACAUUUGUGAAGUGUGUUGUUUCUUUUCAGUACAAAGUAACCCCAACAAGUUGCAGUUAUAUUAGUAUAGAUAGGGACAGAGUUGCAGGAGGAUUUUUUUAACAACUUUAGAGGUGUUAAUUAUGCAACAGAUUGAUACAGUUUACAUAUAUCCCCAAAGGAAUAUAUUCUGUGUUAUGGCAUUUCUGGGAGCCACAUAUUCCUGCAACAAAACAUCUGGAUGUAACUCCGUCCAGAUCAUAUUCUGUACUGCCUAUCCGGAAGGCUCCAGGUUCUGUUUUUAACACAUACCUUAUAUGUUGACUCGGUGCAGAACAGUACCUGUUAGGCAGCAUAUCUAACCCGGAUGCUAAAACAUUUCAACACAUGCUGGAGUACUGUGCAGAAGACACACAGCACAGGGCAAAUUUGCAUUGAGCGGUCUUUGUUGGAACACUCAGGUGAAAUAUAUGUGAAAUGUGGAAGCCAAAAUAAUGUGGUACAUAACUAAUGCCUCUUCAUAUCUUUGGCUGUAGUUAAUAGCCAGGCUGUACGAGCUGGAAAUGAUAGUGUCCCACGCUGACUGACUGACUGACUGAUGGCCUGACUGACUGAGCGGCCGGGUGUCCUAACUGUACCUCAUUUCACCCCUGUGUACCGAAACGGCCGGCUGUGUUGCCGGAGUCCCCGAACUGUGCCUGGAAAUAUGUGAAGCUGUUACCGAAGCAAUGCUGUAACCGUAGAUUAAAAGGAUGGAGGAAAUCUUCCCACUGCUUGUCAAAUGGGAGCAAAAAUAAUAAUAAAAAUAAACUUGGUAUAGUAUGUUUAACCAUUGUUCUGGAAUGAACAGUUUACACGUGUACUGUUUAGUCAGUGUGCUGUUAUACAUGGACAGUGUGCUGCGCUAUUGCAACAUUCUCUAUAAAGCUGGAUUUUCACCUUGCAUGCCUACAAGGAAGUUUCAAACUGAAAUUGAACACAAGCCUCUGUGUUAAGUAUAGGAUGGGGGAGGGGUCACAGAACACAUCCCUUUAGAACUGUGUGACCUGACAUUUUAUUCUCUUCUUUUAAAACAGAAAAUAAAUAAUUGGAUUCAAGCUGAUGUGACAUUGGAUUCAAGGUCAUAUUGGGCCUUGUGUAAAAUUUCAUGAAUUAAUUCACUACUUACAAUAGGGUAUUUUACAGUGUUUUGUUUCAGCAUAAAGCCAAGAGGUUAAAAAGACCUUGUUGUGGACUCUGUUGUGCUUUGUAUGGGCGUAUCAAUGAUGAUUAACAUUUUCUUUUUUUACCGAGGGCGGAACAGCCGUUCAUUUCAAGGAGAUGCAUGAUCACAUGGCCUUUACGUCAUACAUUCGUCGGAAUGUUGAUUAUUGUCAGUGUUCCCACUUUUUUUCAUAAGUCUGUGAUCUUGAAUAAACCACUGUGUUUGUUCCUUUUUAAAGGUACAGCGUCGUAAUCACAGUGGCUGCCAUGACUGCUCCAAUGCUUAUGAACUAAGGUCCGUCAGCAUUAUAUGUAAGCCUGCGUAUCUCACUUGGUGGGCAGUUUAGUUAUGACAAUUUCAUAUUUUCAGUUCAAAAGAGCAGCAGGAGGCAUUCCAUUUAACUGUGUCAUAAGCUUGUUAUAUAGCUCCACUGAAAUCAAAAUGGUCGUGAUUCUAAAUGCAUGGACAUACGAGCACAGAGACCCGUUCAAAGAUGGUUGCACACAGCUAAUGAAUGUUGCAUGUCAAGCACUAAGCAGAUUGUACUUGAUUCCCAAUAUGCUGUCGCAAAAAAAAAAAAAAAAAAUGAAGCUGCAUUCUUUGUGUAGAAUGUCGUUGCCAUUGUUGGUUUCUCUGCCGGUCAUGUGUGUUUCUUACAGGUAUGUUAUAGUCGUACUGUAAUGUGGAAUAAGCUUAUAUGUUGCAUAUUGGCGCAGAAUGCAUUGUGACAUUACUAUGCCGUUAUGUUCAACUUUUUACAUACUUUGUCCUCAGAUUGCCCUCAUCGUAUGGCCAAACACUGGACCCACCUCAUAGCAUUAUUCCUGUCUGUCUCUUGUGAAGAAUCACAGUUUUAAUGGAACACUGUUGAUGUAGAGUUUGUAAUGCUCAGGACAUUCUCACAUGGAACUCACACUGUGGACUUAGGAUUGAUGUGUGAUGGACACAUGCCAGACUGAAUGGGAGAGACUAUACUGGUUUAGUACAAACGCCUGUUUGUUUAAGGUUGGAAACGAAUCGAUUACGUGCAAAUCUGUACCGCUUAUGCAAGAGUGAGCUGUAGAGGUUACUUUUUUUCCUGACGUGUGAGCAUUAUUCUGCGUAAAAGAUUGAAGUAGUUUGAAAAAGGGAAAUGGCUGGUAAAUUGCUUUUAUUUUUUAGAAUUGCAGUAGUAGACAUUUUAGAAUGGAUGGGAUGUGUUUAUGGGUUCAAUUCAUGUUUUUUUUUUUUUUGUUCAGAAAUGCAAGCCCCUGUUGUCAUAACCUGGUGUUUUGUACUGCCCUUGGCACAUUACUGUAUAAUGAGUAUUAUUUUAUAUUUGCUGGAAAUGAAUACAGGUGCAGUGGAAAUCAGGGCAAAAUGGGCCUUCAAUAAAAUAUUGUGAAAUUAUA